UCAGAGAGCCCUCUACAGGGACGUCAUGCAGGAGAACUACGAGGCGGUGACCUCGCUGGGGUUUCCCAGUCCCAAACCUGAGCUGAUCGCCCGGCUGGAACGAGGGGAAGAGGCCUGGGUGCCCGACCUCCAGGCCGGGGAGGAAAGAGAGAUCCUGAGAGGCACCCGCACAGGUGAUGAGAGUGCGAAUGAGAAACAGGAGGAGAAUCAACAGAAGGAAGAUCAUGGGGUAUAUGAACCUGAGGGAGUCUUUGUGGGAAGAGCUGAAGGGAAUGUUUCCCAGUGCUUGGAACAGGGAGAAGCCUGGGGGAAUUGGCUCAGGUCGGAGAGGCUGCUGGGAAACCACCCAAGUGAGCCUAUGGCUGAGUCUAUUAAAUGUGGGGAAGGACACAAGCAUCCCGCAGCCCAGCAGACAAACCCCAAAGAAGAGAAGCAUCAUGAAUGUCUCGGUUAUGGGAAAAGAUUCAUUCUGAGACCACAGCUGGUUAUUAAUCAGACAAUGAGUACUGGAGAGAAACCAUUUCAGUGCUUGGACUGUGGGGAAAACUUCGGUGACCGUUCAGAUCUUAGUAACAAUGGAAGAAGUUACAUGGUACAGAAACCGUAUCAAUGCCUGGAGGGCAAGAACUGUUUGGAUUGGAAGUCAGCACAUGAGAGAAGCCACUCACGCGAGAGACCCCACAAGUGCUUAGACUGUGGGAAAUGUUUCAUACAGAGGUCACACUUGGUUUCACAUCAGGCCAUCCACACAGGAGAGAGACCCCAUAAAUGCUUAGACUGUGGAAAAAGUUUUAUACGGAAGUCUGACCUUGUUAACCAUCAGGCCGUCCACACAGGAGAGAGACCCCAUAAAUGCCUUCACUGUGGGAAAACUUUCAAAUGGAGGUCAGCCUUUGUUUCACAUCAGGCAAUUCACACAGGAGAUAGACCCCAUCAGUGUUUAGCGUGUGGAAAAAAGUUCUUAUGGAGGUCAGCCCUUCUUUCGCAUCAGAAAAUCCACACAGGCGAGAGACCCCACAAGUGCUUAGACUGUGGUAAAAGUUUCAAAGGGAAGUCAGACCUUUUUUCACAUCAGAGAAUCCACAAAGGAGAGAGACCCCAUCAGUGCUCAGACUGUGGAAAAAAUUUUAUAUACAGGUCUGAGCUUGUUAAACACCAGGCAAUCCACACAGGAGACAGACCCCAUAAGUGUUCAGUCUGUGGGAAAAGGUUCAUACGGAGGUCAGCCCUUGUUUUACAUCAGGCAGUUCACACUGGGGAGAAACCCCAUAAGUGCUUAAAAUGCAGAAAAAGUUUCAUACGGAAGUCAGACCUUGUUAACCAUCAGGCAGUCCACACAGGGGAGAGACCCCAUAAGUGCUCAGUCUGUGGGAAAAGGUUCAUAGGCAGGCCACACCUUGCUUCACAUCAGGUAGUCCACACAGGGGAUAGAAUCCAUAAAUGUUUAGACUGUGGAAAAAGCUUUAUAAGAAGCUCUGAUCUCAUUAAACAUCAGGCCGUCCACACAGGAGAGAGACCUCAUAAGUGCUUAGAGUGUGGGAAAAGUUUCAAAUGGAGAUCAGCCCUUUUUUCACAUCAGGUCAUACACACAGGGGAGAGACCUCAUCAGUGCUCUGACUGUGGAAAAAGUUUUAUACGGAGGUCUGAUCUUGUUAGCCAUAAGGCUGUCCACACUGGAGAGAGACCCCAUACGUGCUUAGUUUGUGGGAAAAGUUUCAAAUGGAGGUCAGGCCUUUUUUCCCAUGAGAAAAUCCACACAGGAGAGAGGCCCCAUCAGUGCGUAGAUUGUGGGAAAAGUUUCAUAUGGAGGUCUAAACUUGUUAAACAUCAGGCCGUCCACACAGGAGAGAGACCCCAUAAGUGUUUUGACAGUGGAAAGAGUUUCAUAUGGAGCUCGAGUUUCUUAAACAUCAAGGAGAGCACACAGUAGAGAUUCCCCAUGUGUGACUGGACUUUGAGUAAUAUUUCAUGGAGAGGUCAGGCCUUCUUCAGCACCAGUCAAUUUUCACUUCAGCGGGACCCCGUCAGUGUUUCUGUUGCCAACGUGACACACAGAGAUCAUGUUAUCAAACAUGGAAGAAUUCAAACAAGGAUCUUAACUUCUGUGACACAUGGUCAAAGCGCGUUAUGAAACUUCCAAGCUAAUUAACCCCGAUUAUCCUUUAGAAACAUGUUAGAGCAGUGUGUAUUGGAAGCCACUGAAUGUUUGCUAGAUUAGAACUUUGAAAUGUAAAUUUGUAUUGCUAAAAAAUUGGAGGAAGAUAGUAGUGCUGUUGAUUAAUGACAUUUAAGUCACAUGAUCCACUUGAAAAAUUAAUCACCAUUAUAGAAAUUGAACUCAGUGAAUCACAUUGUUCCAUAAUAGAACAGCAAUUGAAAUGUAUUAAAUGUUUUUGGGUGUUUUCCUUUAUUUUCAAAUACAUGGAUUGCUGUUAUUGCAAAGAAUCGAAAAUGUACAGUGCUCACAUCAUAAUAUUUUAUUGCACUGGAAACAUUAUAAGCAAAAGAAAUAGUACUUUUCAAUUUACCUCACACAUACGGUAGUGUAAUCUCUGUGUCACAGAAGUAUAACUGUAACAUGUGGAUUAUUUUUGUUAUAUACCCUCAGGCUGCU